GUCACACUCCGGAAAAAGGAAGUGUGUUUAGAGAAAGCGUCAGACGGUCUAAUGUUCUAAUGUGAUCAAACCAAAAGUGAUGUUUAAAGCGUCAGACACGUGUCUGGAGUCUGCUGACCCUGUGCCCUGGAGCAGGACACUUUGACUCAUGUCCGUGGAGACACCGACCCAAAAGAAAAGAAAAGUCAUGGGAGCAGUGCCUUCGAGCGACUCAAACGAGUCUCUGUCCAAAGAGUCACCUGUGCCCUCUGUUCCUUUGGAGAUCCUGGAGGAGAUCUUCCAUAACCUGCCGUAUGACCAGGUGAUCAGACGCUGUCGUUUGGUGUGUAAACAGUGGAGGGAAGUGUCUGACAGUGAGUCUCUGUGGAGGGAGCGAUGCAGAAGAGAGCGACUUUUGCCUCGCGACGUGACGAGGACCCCCGAUGACUGGAGGGAGUAUUACGUGUUAUGUAGAAAGAGAAGAAAUCUACUGAAGAACCCCAGAGCAGAACAUAAUUUUCGGUACUGGCAAAUCGUAUCAAAUGGAGGCGACCACUGGACCAUAGAAGACCCCAAGGUGCCACAUCCAAAUGAAAAGGUCCAGAAGAACUUUGUGACCUCUUUUGAAAUGUGCUUGAAGUCACAAGAUAUUGAUUUGAAGCGAGAAGGUUACAACGCUUCAUUUAUGGACUGGUAUCAACCUCCGAUCAGAAUAUCAGACUGGUAUGCAGCUCGUCAUGACUGUGCGUGUGAAUAUAAGAUUAAAGUGGAGCUGCUUAACGAAAAGAAAAAGUGUCUUCAGAAAUUUGAACCAGAGAUGAUUCGGUUUGAGCAGUGGAGCAACCAGCAGUGGCAUCAGAUGAGUCAUAUUUUCACAAACUAUGGCCCCGGAGUGAGGUACGUGCGGUUUGUCCACGGAGGCAAGGACGGCCAGUACUGGAAGGGCUGGUACGGCGUCCGAGUGACGGACAGCUGCGUGGAAGUCUGUCCUGAAGUGGAAUAGUUUAAUUCUGCCUGUGUCGAGCCUUGAACCUGCACUUUAUUAUUAUUAUUGCCUUUUUAAGCUGUUGCUCCGUCAAGUUCAAGUCAUUUAUGUGUAAAAAUCUUUUGCACUAAUGUUUCUUAAGCUUUUCCUAUCGAAGUAUCAGCAGAUUUGAACCAGGUCUAAAACAGGGCUCUUGGUGUAAACUGGGCUAAACCAGGUCUUAAAUGUGGCUCCAGUUGCUGCAUUAUUUCUGAACUUAACCCAAAGAACAUGUGGAUUAAAAUGCCAGUUGAAACGCUUAUUUAAUGAAUAGAAAAUACAGCUUUAUAUUUCAUUAAUAUUGCUUUGUAAUUCCUUAUAUACAGUAUGUACCUUUAUAUGUCACUGUCAGUCCUGUGCAGAAUAUCUCUGACAUUUUCAUUGCACUCAGAAUUUUCCCAUUAUUUUUCUUUUAUACAUCUCCUUUUUGAGAUUCAACACGAGAUGAAACUCAAAGCCAAACACAUUUGAUUCUGAUGACAUUUACUCAUUGAGAAAAUUUACAAAAAAAUGUACAAAUCAAACAUUUGUGAAAGAUAAAAACACUCAAAUUGUGUCUGUGUUUCCUUUGUUUGGUUUUUUUUUUUUGUGAUCAAUUUUUUAUUGUUUACAUAAUAACAGAACAACAAAAACGCGAUACCCCCCCCCCCCCCCCAAAAAAAAAAAAAAUUAUAAAAUAAAAUAAAAAAUAAAUAAUCCCGAGCUCAUGGUGAUCCUCCCCCCUCCCUGGGCUCCACGUGUACAAGAUAAAAAAAAACAUUGUAUAUUUGUCUGUGUGUAUGCGCACGUACUUACAAAAUACAUAACAAAAUACAUACUUCCAACAUGCGUACAUACAUAUACACUCACCUAUUCCAUAAAACAUAUAUAUGCAUGCACAUUAUAUAUGUAUUCCUGUACCCCUAUACAUUACUAUGCAUACUAUACUUGUAUAUAUUUACAUAUACACUUACACAUAUAUAUAUACAUAUACACAGUCUUGCUUAUUUAAGAUUAUCCAGUUUCAAUAAGGUUUUACUCCAUAAUGAGAUAAUAAAUAAACUUAAUCUUAAAGCUCACGGCCGUUUUUCAGUGACUAAUCUGCAGAAUGUUGGUUAAUCUGUUUGUGACCAGUGUGUCUGAUUUUCUAACUUGCUGUUGGUUAAAUUGUUGAUCCUGUUCAGCUCAGAGACGACGGCUCCUGUGAAUUUGGGCUUUAAAAAAACCCCUGAAUGUAUCCCAGUGAAUAUCUGUUUUAUCAGUCCAUUAUAAAUGUGUUUG